CGGACUCGCCACAGUGCAGCAUUCUUGAGUUUAAGCAACAUUCGUUAUUAAAAGAACAAUAUAUGUCCCUGUUAUCGACAACCUUUUGCCGGCCAAAGGUCUGCCGAAUAUGCUGCGCUCCAGAUAACGACGAUCUUAUCUCCGUACAGCUAGUGCAGGACGGAGCCAGUAUAGCACAGAUGUUCCAAGAGUUGACAGAAAUCCAGAUAAUGGCUGACAGAAAUUUACCUCAGAAUGUGUGUUUGGAAUGCCUCGAUCGUCUGAAAAAUGCUUAUCACCUGCGCCGCCAAUGCAUUGAAUCUGACCAGAUAUUUAGAAAACAGUAUUAUGCCGAAAGGUCGGACAAAGUGCAGCCUAUGAUCAAACUAGAAAUUGAAACAUUGCAAGAUUUAGAAAGCGAGAACGAAGAAGAGAACGGAAACGAGAUUGUUUCAAUCUUAGAAAUAAAGGAUGUUUUAUCAACUUGUGAACUAACUGCAGAUUUGACCAGCAAAGAGUGUAACGAAAAAGAAAGACCAGAAUCUACAUAUCUAAAUCAAGACAAUGCGGAAUAUGAAAUUAUACAGCAAAGUGAGUACUAUGAACAAAUUAAAUUCUCCAUUGCGCAAUGCUGUGGUUGUUCAGACACUUUUCAAGACAAAGAUCAGUUACUGCUGCACGCUCAGCUAGUACACAAAACGAAUCAAAAUUAUAAUAAUAAAACGGAUACGCAAUAUCAAUGUCCGAUUUGCUUCAGCGAGUUCUUCACGGAAACUACACAUUGCGCACAUCGUAGUCACAUGGACGCAGAGCGGUUCCGCUGUCGAGAAUGUGGGUUAAUAGUAGAUGAGCUACAUCAGAUGGCGACACACCUUAAACAACAUCACUCAUUAGAGCUUGAUAAUAACAGCGAAAAAGAAAUUCUGAGCGAUGAAGAUAAAACAGAUUUUGUCCCAGUUCUAACGUUAACAUCCUUUGAUUCUAACCAAUAUAAAUUGAUUUCUACAGACCAGGACUACGACAUAGUUGAAUUUACCUGUUUCAGAUGUUGUGGAUGCGAAAGCAUCUUCGAGGAACGAGAACAAUUUGAGUUGCACUCUAGGGAAAUGCACCAUCCAGAUCGAAAGGAGGACGAUAACGAAAUGCCCUUUGAGUGCAGUAUUUGUUACCAGCGUUUUGCCAAAAAGGCCUCGCUGGCUUAUCAUAGGAACAGUCCCAGCAAACGGCGAAUGGUAUGUCGAGUAUGCGAGGGUGUCUUUAAAGGGGAAAGGUCAUUUCGAAAACACUUCAUGCAACAUCACGAUGAAGUUGGUGUCAACGAAGCGCUGGAACGCAUUUCAGUUUCGCCACAAUCAAUGCAUGUUGAUGUUAGAUUCCAACAGUCUGUUAUCAAAAGUGAGGCUGAUGGAUGCACUGAACAGGAUGAACCAAACGUAAACGAAAAUAUGCACGGAGUUGAAUUUAUAGACGAGGAGGAUGAAGAUUCCGAACAUGAUGAGCUGGAAAAAUUCAAACCAAGGCGAAUAAAUAAAUACUUGCCCACCAGGCAACGCAAAGAAAUGGGAAGAGUGCCAGGGAAUUUACUUCGUGUCGUUGAGGCGUUAGAUGGAUAUAAUAUUGUAGAAAUAAUGAAAGAACGGUGCUGUCGAUGUUUAGAAUUCUUCGAUACGCUUGAUGAAUUGAAUCGACAUACUGAGGAGCAUCGAAAAGAAUCGUGCGUCGAAAACGAAAUCUCGAAUAAGCCAAUCAAAUAUCAGUGCGAGUUUUGCUUAAAAACGUUCGAAAUUGCUUUAGUUUAUGUGGUACAUAAAAGAAUACGAGAACAAAAGCAGUUCUACCAAUGUAGACUGUGCGAUUUCGUAAUCGAUUCUGAAUCGCGCCUGAAGAAUCACAUGUUGCACAACGAACAGCAUGCGAAAUUUUUCAAUGUAAUACGUGAGGACGUAAGCGAUCGCUACGAUGCAGUGCAACUUCCAGGGGUUCGAUGCUGUGGUUGUGGGGACUAUUUUGAUAAUGACGCCAGUCUCCUGGAACAUUCCCGUACCGUGCACCCGAGAGAUCACAACAAAGAUGGCCUCAAGCGUGGGCAGAUCUGUGUCAUAUGCGAUAAACGUUGCUACAACAAGUCUGAAGUGGAAAGUCACCAAAGAAAAAAUAGCUCCACGAUUCGCUACUACUGCAAACUAUGCGAAUUCGAAACGCCCAGUGAAGCCCGCAUGCUGAAGCAUCUGUACAGCUCGAUACACAAUCAAUCGUUUCCAUCCAUCGAAGUAAAAAAUGUAGAAGUGGGCUUCGGAAAAGCAGGAACCUUGCGAUACUGUUGUUUUGAUCGUUGUAAUAUGCCUUUCUGUGACGCAAACAAACUACAGGACCACGUCAACAGUACCCAUUUAGAUAAGAAAGAAUCGAAUGUGUCAGCCUCCCAAACAACAGUUGACAUUGCUUCCAAAUGGCAAUGCGACUGUUGCUACCGAUUUUUCCGGACGGCAACAUUACUAAAACAGCACCAGUUUAACCAACGCGAACCCAGAAGCUAUGUUUGCUCCAUAUGCGGUGCAGCUAAACAUAACAGGACAGCUUUGACGGCGCACGAAAUGAAGCAUACUGGCGAGAGGCCAUAUGCGUGUAAUGUAUGUGAUAAGCGCUUUGCUUCUCAAACAAUACUUACCUCACACAUGAAAUGCCACGUCCCAAAACAAUACCAAUGCAACGAGUGUGGCGAGAAGUUUGCUCGAGGGGAAAACCUCAAGCGUCACAUUCGCCACCGACACUCGGAGGCUACUUUUUGCUGUAACUACUGUCCGCGGAAGUUAAAAACCCGGGAGGCACAGGUUCUCCAUGAAAGGUCGCACACUGGCGAGAAACCAUUUGCAUGUCGUACCGAAGGCUGUGAAAAGCGAUACGCCAGCAUAACCGAUCGGAGACGGCACGAAAUGGCCAGCCACACCGGCGAGCGUCCACAUAAAUGUUCCUAUUGCGUAGCCUCAUUUGUGCGGAAACGCCAACUAACGAUACACGAACGAAAGCACACCGGUGAGCGGCCAUUCGUGUGCAUUCGCUGCGGGAAAGCGUUCAUUGAUGCACCUUUUCUUAAAAAACACAGCUGCUGAGGUUUAUCACCGUCUAACAAAGUUUGAACCUUUAUGUUCGAGUAUAAAAAUAUAUUUUACGUUUAUGAUUGCCUGAAUAACAAUAAAAUACUUAGUCCGACGACGAUGAGGUAUAAUACUCCACGUCAUCAGUGGGCAUAGGCUUUAUGCAAUCCUGUAUAAAUUCCAGAUCUAGCUGUAUGGGACAGACUGCAACGCGAAUUUUCACAUAAUUCUGAUAUCCAUGAGUAAAACCAUGCUCUUCUAGUUGAUCCCACCGUAUUUGAAAACUGAACACAUUUUUCUGAUUCAUUUGAAACUCUCUCUCGCAGUGUAGUACUUUGUCAUAAUCCUCCACAGAAUGAGCCAUCGU